CUUACGGAAAGGCGAACAAGACCCGAAUGGCGCCCCUAGCCAUGGCCACGUUGCCCGCCUUUGCGCAGACGGCCCGCCUCGGCGCGCGGGACGUGCGGCUCGCGGCGCUGCGCGAUCCACGCCUCGGAUCGCGCCCGGCGAGGCCCGAAUCCGGGCAGCACUUGUCAUCCCACUUCACUCGGCUGCUGGCGGGUGCUUCUUUCGCCGCCGCUUUCUGGAAGCGGAGCCGUCAGACGGCACGGGCUGCGCUGCGGGCCACGUCCAAAGCCGAUGCCCUGAACUCGGUAAAGGAGGACGGCUACGCCUUGGAGAAGCUGAAGGACUUCCAGUCGGACCUGGAGGUGGUGAAGGCGGCGGUGGCGGACUCUGGCUACGCGCUGCAGUUCGCAUCGGAGGAGCUCAAAGACAACGCGGAAGUGGUCAAGGCGGCCAUCUUCGAGCAGCCGCAGAGCUUGGAGCACGCCUCAGCGCGCCUCCGCGGCGAUACCGAGGUGGUGAGACUGGCUGUGGCCAAGGACGGCUACGCGCUGCGCUACGCCUCCCCCGCACUCCAGGAAGACCUCGACAUCGUGCACAUGGCGCUGGCGCAGCAAGGCUACGCUCUGACCUAUGUGGCGGAGAAGCUGCGUGCGGAUCCGGACAUCGUGAAGCUCGCCCUGCAGAAGUCCCCGCGUGCUUUGGCGUACGCCGCAACAAGCCUCAGGGCCGACAAGGACAUGGUGACCUUCGCAGUGGAGAGAGAUGGGAUCGCCCUGCGGCACGCGUCCGCGGACCUUCAGGAUGAUCCGGAGAUCGUGAAGCUAGCCGUGGCGCAGAAUGGCGCUUCCUUGGAUUAUGCCUCGGAGAGGCUCAAGAAAGAGUCAGAGCUCAAAGACAUCUCCGAGCGCUCUCUGCGCAGGUUUUAUCGGAAGGCCUCCUUCUUUUUCAAGCUGUUGGCCCUGGGCCAGCUCCUGCUGCGGGGCCGCAUCGCUCUCUCCCGCGCCUGGCGCUUCCUGCGCCGCAAGCCUAAGGAGUCCGAGUGAGGCGAAGGAAGCGGCGGGACGUAGCCCGCUUUGACCAAAGCGACCGAGAACUGGCUGGUGCGAGAGAUGCAGUGGAAUGACCCAA